UGAUUCUUCUGUAAUAUCUUGUCAACAAUCGACAUUAUUCAGCAUUACUUUUUACAAUACAGUUACAACAAAUUCGUUAUCUUACUAGAUAGAAAUCAAUUUCAUCGUCCGAAGUAUCUCUUGUACUUUGUAUCAAUUGUGAUAACGCCUGUUUUACUUAUUGUUUUAAUAAUUUUUUGUAACGAAUCACAUAAACUCUUGGAUCUAUUUGAAAAUUUGUAACUCGUUUAACACUUGGAUCCUCUUUAAUGAAACUAACAGUGGAUAAUUUUCUUCGUUAUCAUUAUUGUGUUUAUUAGAAUUGUUUAAGGCUUCUUCCUCAUCAGACAUAGUAUCAGUUAUAAUUCAUGUAAACUUUAAAUAAAUUGUGUUGGUGGAAACUGAAUGUGAAAUCGUGUAAAAGAGAGGUCAGGUGUGCGUAAUUUACCCAAGGCGGAAUUAAGGCGUUUGCCCUUUGGAGGAUAGUGCUCGAGGCUGUAAUUACCAUUAGUCUAAUUAUAAACUUACAUCAUUUACACGUAUAUGUAUAAAUGGUAUUGCGAAUUGGAAAUAAAGCUUAAGGUAUGAUUCUGCAAUUGCAGAGUUACCAUUUAACCAGAAAGUUCCUACAAAUGCGGCGUCUGCUAGAGCACUGAUAGUGCUUUGUUAUCAGAAAAAGAACAGUUUAAUCUAAUCAGCUGUAAGGUUUUAGAGUGAUUCGUCUAUAAGAUGGGCUUGCCAAACGAACUAUGACUAAUAUAUUUUUUCAAUGUUUACCUGACACCAACGCACUCUAGUUAUAACAUUAAUAAAGUUAUAACGAUUAGUCAUGUCACGGACAAUGUAUAACCUAGGUGUAACAUUUCUAACGUAACGUCCGAACGUAGUUGUCACCUAAAAAUUGAAAAAACAUCUGAUUAAAUGAUGAGAGAUGCGUACCAAGGGCCUGCUACUGUUCCUUAUCUGCAUAGCAGGGAGCAGCAUCAUUUUUAUUGCUUUCAGCAAUCAAAGACCCUCCAUUCAGACUCUGGUUACAGAGACCAACAAGCAAUUACGAAACUUCCAAGAAAACUUAAAAGAUGUUGAAGAAAAACGCUUAGUAACAGACUCAAAGUAUCUUGCAAUGCUUGGCCUUGAUGGCCAAACAAGCACAAUUCCUUUUAGUCUUAAAUCUCAAAAUUUGACUGUUGUCUCUCUCAUAAGGCCUGGGAAUGAACAGCACAUUUAUGGCUUUGUCAGAAAUGUCAGUCACUUUUUGCCAAAUAAUAGUAUUGUUAUUUAUAGUGUUGGAUUAAAUGAUGACUCUUUGCAAAAUAUUAGAGCAACUUGCAACUUUACAAAGUGUAAUGUGAUUCAUUUUGACACAAGCCUGUUUCCAGCACACGUCGAAGACGAUAGACUGCAUGUUUAUAGACCUUUAGUUAUUCAGACAGCUUUAAACACAUUAGGGAAUAUAUUGUACAUGGAUUCGAACGUACGUUUGAAUUCUUCGGAUGUUUCAAAAUACCUAUUACCAAAAUCUGGAAUUUUAACUUGGCCUACGAGGCAUGCCAUUAGUUCUCUAACGCACCCAAAGAUGUACGAAUAUUUUCACGUUUCCGCGGAAAGUUUCUUUUUUCUCCCAUUGAUACGGGCGUCGCACUUGGUAAUUAGGAACAUUAAAGAAAUUAGAGAGAAAGUAAUGUUGCCUUGGGUUCAGUGCGCUUUAACGAGAGACUGCAUUUGUCCAAUUGGAGCUCAAUCGGCGGGUUGCCGAUUUAAUAAGAAACCGCAAUACCGGUAUUCCGGAUGUCACGCGUACGACACGUCUGCACUAAAUAUCAUACUCGGGCUGCACUUUAAUUUUGAUGACACAUAUUACGUGCAUCAAGAGCGGGAAACAUACUUCAAUAAGAUACAACCGGAGGAGAUCACGGAAGAGUAUCUUACGAUUACUAGACAGAACAAUGCAACCGAGUCGAAUUUAAGAAACUUCAUAUCAACUGAACGCUAAUUCCUCUUAAGAUCUCAAUUCAUUUUGAAUCAAGAGUUAAGUGAUACGUCGAUCAAGCACAAGUUACUAUAAGGGUACAUAAUAAAUUGAAAAAUAAAU